AUGGCCGAUAUUUGUUACGAGAACGAGCAAGUGGUGAAGAAGAAGACGACGGCGACGACGAGGAGGCGCGAACGGAGCUCGUCACAAGCAGCGAGGAGGCGGAGAAUGGAGAUCCGGCGGUUUAAGUUUGGCUCCGGCGAACAAGACGUCGUGUUCGUCGACGGCGAUGCACAGAAGCGGAGGAGAGGAGAAUCCACCGUCGCCUCAGCCUCCGCAUCCGCCGUACUCUACGAGUUAGCGAAUGCUGAAACGGCGAAGGAGGUUGUCGUCUUAUGCGAGUCUCUGAGUGCAUUGCCUGAUCCGGAGGCGUAUCCUAAAUACGGCGUCGCUUCAGUCUGCGGAAGAAGACGGGAAAUGGAAGACGCCGUUGCUGUACAUCCGUUUUUCUACCGUCAGAAAACGGAAUAUUCCUCCACCGGAUUUCACUACUUCGGCGUUUACGAUGGCCACGGCUGUUCCCAUGUGGCGAUGAGAUGUAGAGAGAGGCUACAUGAGCUAGUGCGGGAGGAGUUGGAGGCUGAUGAUGCUGACUGGAAGAAGUCAAUGGCGCGUAGCUUCACGCGCAUGGACAUGGAGGCUGUCGCGUUGAACGCCGGUGGUGCUGCGAAUUGCCGUUGCGAGCUUCAGAGGCCGGACUGCGACGCGGUUGGGUCUACCGCUGUGGUGUCCGUACUCACGCCGGAGAAAAUUGUGGUGGCGAACUGCGGCGAUUCCCGUGCCGUUCUCUGCCGGAAUGGGAAACCCAUUCCUUUGUCCUCCGAUCAUAAGCCGGACCGUCCGGACGAGCUAGACCGGAUUCAUGCAGCGGGUGGUCGGGUUAUCUACUGGGAUGGCCCACGUGUCCUAGGGGUACUUGCAAUGUCACGAGCCAUAGGCGAUAAUUACCUGAAGCCGUACGUUAUCAGCGAACCGGAAGUAACCGUAUUGGACCGGGUCAACGAAGACGAUUUCCUCAUACUCGCAAGCGACGGUCUUUGGGACGUCGUCUCGAACGAAACUGCAUGUAACGUCGUCCUAAUGUGUUUGAGAGGAAAAGUCAACGGUCAGCUAUCUUCCUCACCGGAAAGGGAUCUCGCCGGCGCCGGGAAUGUGGUGCUGGGAGGAGAAGAUACAUCGGAUGAAGCGUGUGAGAAGGCGUCGGUUUUGCUGACGAGGCUUGCAUUGGCUAGACAAAGUUCUGACAACGUGAGUGUUGUAGUGGUUGAUCUCAGAAGAGACACGUAG